UCCCUUCUCUCUCUCUCUCUCUGACUCUGUUUGUGGUGCCCUUUUUCGUCUUUUCGCUCAAAUCACGAUCAGACGGCUCUUCUCCUUCCAAGUCAUCAUCUCCGUCUUCUUCAUCCCUGCGACCUUUCCUUUCUGUCUCACCCCUCUUUUUUGUCUCUAUAUAAUUUCACCACUGCUUCAUUUACCCUAAUUAGGGUUUCUGAGAUUCGCACAGCCUCAUACUUAUUCUCCAUCGCGCUGCGUAACAAUCAUGCUCUCAAACCUUCAUUUUUCCACCUCGUAUUCGUCUUCGUCCUUUCCUCCUCAAUUUUAUCACUGCGAUCCAUUCAGGGUAUUGGAUUGAGAUUGAUUUGGCGGGGGUUCAAAUUGUUUGAAGUUUUUUGGCGGCACUUGGAUGGCGAUUGAGAAGAACAACUUGAAGGUGUCGAGGGUUAUUUCCGAGUUCUCGCCCCAAAGUAGGGACACUAUGUCUAGCGAUGAGGGCGAAGUUCAGCGGCGUAACACUGGUAUGGAAUCUGAUGAGGAUGAUGAUUUUGAUGAUGCAGAUUCUGGGGCAGGGUCUGAUGACUUUGAUUUGCUGGAAUUGGGUGAGACCGUGGCUGAGUUUUGCCAGAUUGGGAAUCAGACUUGCAGCAUUCCCUUGGAACUGUAUGAUCUUCAGGGUCUCGAAGAUGUACUAUCUUUGGAUGUGUGGAAUGAGUGUUUGAGUGAGGAGGAGCGAUUUGAACUUGCUAAGUAUCUGCCUGACAUGGACCAAGAGGCUUUUGUUUUAACGUUGAAAGAGCUUUUUAAUGGUUGUAACUUGCAUUUUGGGAGUCCCAUGAAGAGGUUAUUUGAUAUGCUUAAGGGUGGCUUGUGUGAGCCAAGAGUUGCCCUUUACAGGGAGGGUAUGAAUUUUUUUCAGAAGCGACAGCACUAUCAUCUAUUGAGGAGGCAUCAGAACGACAUGGUUAACAGUCUUUGUCAGAUAAGGGAUGCUUGGCUUAAUUGUAGGGGAUACAGCAUCCAAGAAAGGCUUCGUGUUUUGAACAUUAUGAGAAGUCAAAAAAGUUUGAUGCACGAGAAGAUGGAAGAUUUGGAGGUUGAUUUGUCAGGUGAAGAGUCCGGUGAAGGUUUAUGGAGUAGGAAGAAAAAGGAUAAGAAAGUCAUGCGGAAAAUGGGUCGUUAUUCCUCCCAUGGGGUGAGUACAGGCUUAGAAGUCCGUUCACGAGGACAAUCAGUAGUUUUGGAACCAGAGAAGUAUGGAAAGCCAAACCCAAAGGGUAUACUCAAGCUGGCUGGUUCAAAGACACCAUCAGCGAAGGAUCCAGCAGGUCAUUUGUCUUCUGUUUACCAUGCUUUGGAUCCUGGGAUGAAUGGUUCAGAUACUGCUCUUUUCCGGCGGAAUAAGUCAGUGGGGUAUGAUUCAGGGUCAAUGCUUAGGAUGAGGGAUCAGCUGAGGAAUGGUGAGGAUGAUGAGGAACAGACAUAUGGACAUAGUGUCCAACGAAAUCGUAAUGUAUUACGUGGUAACCUGACGGACAAGUCCGGUGUUCUGAAAGUGGGGAAGAGGCUGAGAGGUGAUGAAAUAGAUACUGACAAUUUGAUGGGUCUAUCUCUGUCUUCAAAGGUUGAUCUGCAUACAUACACUAGGAAUCCAAACCAAUCUUCAGAUAUGAAAAUGUUAACAGCAAAGCCCUCCUCUUCUAUGAGAGGUUCCAAUGAUUUUUCUAGAAAGGCUAAGUAUCCUGAAAAUGCUCAGCAAUUUUUUAGUGGUGAUCAGAUGAAAUCUAGACUGAGGGGCUCACAUUUACCGCAUAAAGGAAAUCUGGUUGGUUCAUCAGAUCUUAAUGAACUUUUCGGCAACAACAAAACACUGAGAGAGGAAUUUGCUAUGGAUUCACCAUUCAAAUAUAAUGAUUGGAAUCUAAAGAGCAAGAAAUGGAAGACAGGGAGGGAGUCUCCUGAUCUCAAUUACAUGGCUUAUAGGUCUUCCUCACCACAGGUGAGUGAUAGACUUCUAUCCUCUGACUUCGGAACAAAAUCAUUGCAAGAGAAGAUCAAAGGUAAUUUAAUACAGAAUGGAGGACAAGAGACAAUGACUCUGAGGGGUAACAGGAUGCUUCUUAGAAGUGAAGAAACUGAAUCAGACUCAUCAGAGCAAUUGAAUGACGAUGACAAUGACAAUCCUUUGUUGCAUAGCAAAUUUUCUUACUUGAUGGCUACUGCUGAUGGUUCUCACAUGACAUCAUUGAAGUCUCACCCAGCUCCUAAGAAGUCCAAAAAGAAGGGCAGCUUUGGAGAGCAGGGGCAUAUGCCUCGGGUUGAAAAUUACCUUUCAAAAGCCAGGCAGAAGGGUAAAGUAAGCAAUGGUGGUCGUUUGCAUGAUUCAGCUGAUAAAAUUAUGGAAGAGAGCUAUCCCUCAGGUUCGGAUAAGCUUAAUGAUGGUGAUGAUGAUUGGAGUGAGGUAUACAUGAUGGGCCGGAAUGGCCAGGAACCUGUUGAAGGGUUAGACAUGCCCUACUUGAAUUCAUAUAAUACAGAGCGAAAGAAGAGAGGGAGAACUGGCCUUGAUCAUUCCAUUCCCAGGUCAAAAUACUUGCAUGAUUAUGCGGGUGAUGAGGAAGAUGACUCUCUUGGGAAACGGUUGCUGGUGGAUGGUAAUGGAGUUGGGCAGAGUAGGUUUGGGAAAAAAGGGAAAAAAUAUGGUGCAUAUAAUGGUGAUCAAAAUAAAAGGUCUAGGACACCGUUACUGGGUUGCAACUCAACAGUGAAGAAGCGGAAAGUGAAGGAUGAUGUGGGAGAUCUUGAUGGAAGAGGUGAAGGUGCUGAUCUUCUGUCUAACUUUCUUCCCCAAACUGAUGAUUCUAGUUCCUUGAGGAGAAAAUCAAAGAAAAAAACAGGAGCAUUGACGGUUGGUUCGCAUAUGGAAAAUUCUGAGCCACUAGUUACUGAUAUGGGAGUGGCAGACAUGGAGCCGGAAUCUAAGCCACAGAAAAAACCAUUUACUUUGAUCACCCCUACUGUUCAUACUGGAUUCUCAUUUUCCAUUAUACAUCUUCUUUCAGCAGUCCGCAUGGCAAUGAUUAGCCAAGUUGGAGAAGACAGUUUAGAGGUGGGGAAGCCUCGAGAAGAGCAUAACAAAGCACAGGAAGGCAGUGUCAGUUGUGUUCUUUCAAAUGAGAAGGUUGUUUCCAAUUGUGAGCAUGCUGACCAACUGAAUAUGCCAUGUCUGACUGUUCAGGAGAUUGUUAAUCGUGUGAGAUCAAACCCUGGUGAUCCUUGUAUUCUUGAGACACAAGAGCCUUUGCAGGAUUUAGUCAGAGGUGUUCUGAAGAUAUUCUCUUCAAAAACAGCACCUUUAGGAGCAAAGGGUUGGAAGGUGUUAGCAGUUUAUGAAAAAUCUACAAGAAGUUGGUCAUGGACCGGCCCAGUUUCUGAUAAUUCACCUGACCAUGACACCAUUGAGGAGGUGACAUCUCCUGAAGCUUGGGAUCUUCCUUAUAAGAUGCUUGUCAAAUUGGUUGAUUCCUUUGCCCAGUGGCUAAAAUGUGGUCAAGAAACUCUUCAACAAAUUGGAAGUCUUCCUGCACCACCUUUGGCUUUGAUGCAAGUCAAACUUGAUGAGAAAGAGAGGUUUAGGGACCUUAGAGCCCAAAAGAGUCUUAACACUAUAAGCCCAAGUUCUGAGGAAGUGAGGGACUAUUUCCGAAAGGAGGAAGUUCUCAGGUACUCGAUUCCUGACAGAGCCUUCUCUUAUACUGCAGCUGACGGUAAAAAAUCUAUUGUUGCACCCUUGAGAAGGUGUGGUGGUAAGCCAACAUCAAAAGCCAGAGACCAUUUUAUGUUGAAACGUGAUCGACCACCACAUGUUACAAUUCUUUGUCUUGUCAGAGAUGCAGCUGCCAGGUUGCCUGGAAGUAUUGGUACUAGAGCAGAUGUUUGUACAUUAAUUAGAGAUUCUCAAUAUAUUGUUGAAGAUGUAUCUGAUGCCCAAAUUAACCAAGUAGUUAGUGGGGCCUUGGAUCGAUUACAUUAUGAACGCGAUCCUUGUGUACAAUUUGAUGGUGAAAGGAAAUUGUGGGUUUAUUUGCAUAGAGAAAGAGAAGAGGAAGAUUUUGAGGAUGAUGGCACUUCAUCUACAAAGAAAUGGAAAAGGCAGAAAAAAGAUGCGGCAGAUCAAUCUGACCAAGGAACAGUAACUGUUGCUUGUAAUGGAACUGGGGAGCAAAGUGGAUAUGAUUUGUGCUCAGAUCUCAAUGUGGAUCCAUCAAGCAUUGAUGAUGAUAAGGGAAUGGAACUUAUUUCUAAUAAUACAAGGCUAAAUGCGGAGGACAAUGUUGAUGUCCAUCAUGCUUCCAAGCAAGCCAAUGUAUGUGAGGGUAAUUCAAUGGUUUGGAAUGCUCCUUGCUUAAAUCCCACUCAAGAGAAUAAAUUGUUAUGCCAAGAAAAUUCGACAAAUGAAGAUUUUGAUGAUGAAUCAUUUGGGCGAGAAAGGCCUGUUGAACUACUGAGUGCAAGCUUAUUGUGAUGAAUUCUCCAGGUUUUGGUCUGUCAGCAUUCAAGAGCUCAGUUAUACUGGUUGUAGCUGUGCUAGUAUAUAUUCCGGGCACAGUAUUCUUGUAUAUUGAUUUGAUCGGAAAGAUAGAAUAGAAUGUAAUCAUGUUGAAGUUCAUGGAAUUUGGUUAAGAUCCCGUCUUUAUGAUUUUGCCCAAUAAAUAAUUCCUUU